UCCUUCUAGCUAGUCAAUGAGUUGGACCAUACAAUGGAUGGAAGUCUAUGUGGAAUUAAGUGGAAUAGUGCAUUGUUGCUCCAGCAUAGGUCAGAGUUCACUAGCGUGCACUGGACUCAUCAGGGGAAGACAGAAGACACGUUGGAACACAAACUAGCUGGGACACAGCCUCAUUAAUGCUGUGGAAACACUUGAAGAAUGAUGAGCUCCAAAGAGGAAGAAACUCUCCGUUUUUUCCAGUACGUUGAGGAGAAUGGGCUGAGAGCCUACAACGGCCUGGUAGCUCAGAACUUAGACCACGCCAGGAAUGAGAGAAAUAGGACAUUCCUGCAGGAGAAAAACGACAAGAAGAGAAAACAGGAGGAAGCCAUAAGGAGGACAGGUGAGGACAUUGCAACUGAAGGCAAGCACUUACGUAUGGGCUCCAUUACCAUGCUGGACCCCCAGGAACGCAUGCCCAUGCCCCACCCGCAUGCUCUCGCCUGUGGGCAAGGCUUCUCUGUACGCUCCCAGUCCCUCCACUCUGUCGGCGGUGGGAAUAGUGGGGGUGGAGGCGAGGAGGAAGUAGGAAGCCCGACCUCUAGGAAGCAGCCCCCACCCAAGCCCAGGAGGGACCCGGCCACCAAGCUGAGCAUGUCGUCGGAGGCGGUGGACCACAGUCCCACGUCCACCUGCCACGGGGAGAGAUGUGAUGCAGCUCAAGGAUGCAGUGAGGACUGCAGGAGGGUGCCGCCACCCAAACCUAAGAGGAACCCCAACACACAACUGAGUGUUUCCUUCGAUGAGUCCUACAUCAAGAGCCACGGAGGCAGCGGGGUUUGCCCCUCCAGACCCCUCCACUACGUCACCUCGCCCUGCGAACGCAACCCCUCGCCCGCACAGAGUGACGAGAGCCCUACAGACGACUGUGAAGAUGAACCUGUCUACAUAGAGAUGGGCGGGAUUGAUGUCGGAGCACGAGAACCCCUGAAGAGUGAGGAUGAGGAGCCAGGAGAGUCUGUGUACGAGGAGAUGAAGUACCCAGCUCUGGAUGAUAUGGAGUACCGCACUGACCCUGUGGGAUGUCGCUCGGCGUGUCCCACCCCGGCACCCUAUGACCCUGAACCUCUCAGUCGCUGCUCCACACCUCGAAACAUUCCCCUCUGUGACAUUCCUGCACCCUUUCCCAAUUUACUCACCCAUCGGCCUCCGCUGCUGGUGUUCCCACCGGCGCCAGCCCAGUGCUCGCCUAACUCAGACGAGUCUCCCCUAACCCCUCUAGAUGUAACCAAAUUGCCCAUGCUGGAGAACCAAUCCUAUAGCAAAUCUCCAACAUCCUCCACCGAGCCACCCUCCUCUGCACACAUCCGCAGGGAGCUCACUGCCACCCCAACCCUCACCGUCUCUGGCCGCUCCUCUGCGCCUCCUCUACCCUGUACCCUCUACAAAUCCUCCUCAUCCUCCUAUCAGCGGAGCCACUCUGCUUGCCCAUCGCCAGUCAGCAUGGGCCGCUGUCUCACACCUCUCAGCCUCAUGCGUACACCUCCCUUUGAAGCUCCAAUGCCAUUCCCUGGGGGUCUGCCGCGGAGCGCCUCUGCCACCCCUCACGGCAAAGGCUCGCCACCUCAAGACGGUGUGGGCCGACUGCAUGGCUCUAUGCAGAAUGUGUCAACAGGGCGUUCACGGACACCCACCAGCCCACUGGACGAACUAACUAACCUGUUCACAACUGGUAGGAACAUGCUGAAGAAAAAUGCCAGUGGCAGGAAGUCUAAAGAGCCUGGAGAGACUGAGUCCAAAAGCAAGUCUCACAGCGAGUCCAAGCGUGAGGGCAAAGAGCGCCACAGUCACAGCAAGGAGUCCAAGCGAGACUCCAAGGAUCGCCACAGCAAAGAGUCUUCUCACCGGAGAGACAGAGACAAAGACAGAGACAAAAACAGAGACAGACGCAACAGUAAAGACCGUACUUAUAGCGGUGCAGAUGCACCAGCUGUUCGCAGGGAUAGCAGGGACCAGGGCUGCAGCAGUGUGGAACCCAUCCCAUUGAUAAGACGAGACUCCAAGGACCGAGGGCUUAGCAAUGGUGACCUGAUGCUAAGGAGAGACAGCAAAGACCGGGGUGGGGGACAUGGAAUGGAGCCUUUGUUGAGACAAGACAGCAAAGACAGACUGCUAGAUCAGCCACCUGAGCUGUUACCAAGACAAGACGGCAAGGAAAGGGCAAGAAACGGUGUGGACUCUAGACAUGAAAGCAGAGAGAGACUGCUGGAUCAGCCACCUGAGCUCUUACCGCGACAGGAUAGUAAAGAGAGAGCCAGGAACGGUGCGGACUCAAAGCAUGAAAGCAGAGACAGGCCACCUGAGCUUCUCCCCCGACAAGAGUUCAAAGACAAAGCCAGAACCGGAGCCGAAUAUAGACACGAUAGCAAAGACCACCGUCCUGAGGUGUUACCCCCACAGGAUUUUAAAGAGAGAGCAAGGAAUGACAUGGAACAUAGACAUGAAGGUAGAAUAGACCAGCCACCUGAGAUCCUUCCGCGACAAGAAACGUCCAGAAGAAGCAACAGCAAGGACACGGUCGGCUACAGCUCCGAAUCCAAGCAUGAGGGGAGAGAUCGGAGCUGCCACAACGGGGGAGAUCUUCCUCCUCCACCUCUGCCCAGACAGGACAGCAAAGAUCUGAGCAGAACUGGACUCGAAGUGAGACGGGAUAGCAAAGACAGAAGUCUGAAUGGCUCAGAGCAGCAUCAUUACGCUGUCAAAAGCACCAAGAGCCCUUCUGCAAUGGAGUAUAGGUGUGAUAGUAAAGAACGAGGAUACAGAUCAGAUGGCACGCCCAGACGAGAUAAAAGAGAAAAUUACACUACGGACCAAUCAAAAGCACAGGAGAGGAAUGGCAGCACGGUGUCAGGGCAGCAUUCAUCCACGACGACACCUACUCACCACGCGAGAUCAUCUGGUAGCCCACCAAUGACCAUAGGAACAGGAAAUGACCUGAAAGCAGCACCGAAGUAUGGCCGCUCACAUUCUAUUCCGGCCAACCCGUCUCCGAUGGGAACGCCACAAAGGAAAGCAGCGGAGACACAUCAAAGCCAGAUGCCCCAGAUGCCAUGGAUCUGUGGCGACACCACCAUGCUAGAACAGAUCGAGAGGAAACGCACCCUCUGCAUGGAGAUUCGCUCCAGACAACAUCCACACCUGCAGAGAUUUCUGGAGAGGCCUCCUCCUCCUCCGGACAGGAACGAGGACAGGCACCAGGAGCGGAGUCAGUGCAAGCAAGAAAGUGCAUCUGUACUGCCAGGCUGGGGGAAAAGCAGCGGGGCCAAAAAGAUCCGUCCUCCCCCUUACCCUACACAGAAAACCGUAUUCUGGGACACGGCCAUCUGA